UGAGGAGCUCUCUGACCCCGAACAGGGUGAGGAGAAAAAGGGAAAGGUGGAGUGGGAGAGCUCCCAGGGGGAGGAAGAACCCAGAACCUUCCCCUCCAACUCCCCCAAUCAAGUCUCCUUUUUAAGUCCUGUUUUAACCUCCUCUCCCUUCCAAACCCCCUUACCCCGGAGGGAGAGAGAGAAAGUCCCUGAAGACUAACCCCCUUUUAACUUUUCAAUGGCUUUUCUUCUAGCACUGUUUUUACUCACCCCUUUUAUGGCUUUUAAAAUCACCACUAUAAACGUGAGGAGCGUAAAGACAGCAACAAGAGCACAGUCGGUUUUAUCCUUUUUAGAAAGGUUUAACUCUGAUGUGUUUUUACUACAGGAGUGUGGUCUACCCUUUUUAUCCUCUUACAGGAAAUGGGAGGACAAGUGGCGGCACGGGCCCUCCAUUUGGAGUGGUUCCAAUUUUAACAAGAACGACGGUGUUGCCAUUUUAAUCAAGACCCCACAGGUGGUGGUGAAGGGGAGCACGGUGGUGGAUCGGGAACCAGUGUGUCCAGUGCGCGGGCUCGCUAUAGGUGAGCCCACAACGGUUUGGCGCAACGUGGCCCAUCCUGCUCUCCUGAAUCGGCAUCGGGACCUGUCCUGGAUGGUCGCCCACGAGAUCCUCCCGGUCAGGGCCGUUAUGCACUCACGGGGCAUGGCGAGGACAUCCGCGUGCCCCCGACCAGGCUGCGGCCAAGAAGAGUCGGUGAGGCACAUGCUCUGGGAGUGCAGAGCCGCCAGGGACCUGUGGAAGGAAGCAGGCCCCCUGAUCACCUCGUGUCUGCCAGCAGGGGAGGACCUAACACCUCAGCUCGUGCUGUAUGGGGUGGGCCGAAGGUCCAUUCCAUCAAAGGCCUUCACCAAGCUCUGGCCCACCCUCACGUGCCUGAAGGAAGCACUGUGGUCCUCCCGUAGCCUGCUGGUAGCGAAAAACGUAGAGACCACCCCCCAGGCAGUGGCCAUGGUAGCCACGGAAGCCCUGGGGUGGUACGGAAGGAAGGGGGCCUCGACCCCAGGCGAAGGGUCCCCCACAACACCCUAGGUCCCGGCGGCCACGGCCUGACAGCGCUGCGGCGCCUAGGGCGAUGCGCCUAGGGGAGGGAUCUCCUCUGGGCCCCGAAGGACGGGACGAUGAUCUAUUCAGAAGAGCAGGAUGAGGUGAGCUUGAUAAAGACUCACCCCCCUCCUGUACAAGGGACUGAAGACAGCCUUUUAACAAAGU